UGAGAGUCUGUCUCUUCUAGAAUAGGGGCAUGUUCUCUUCUGUGGAAGAGAAAGGUGUGUGAACUAGGAGGGAAUGAAGAGGGAAUCCGGAAGCCUGUGAUUUUGUACGACGUGAGUCAUAGGUUUUUCCCAACUUGGAGAAUGUAUAUUGAGUGGCAGCGGUCCCACUGAGCUCAUUAAGACAUGUGGCUGUAGGUGAGAUAAGACUUUGUUCAGUCUGAGAAGUCUAAAGGGCAACAGGAAACAUCGAAGUGGCAGAAUCUAGGAUUGUAAACGUUCUGUGAGCCAUGAUGUCUGUAAAGUGCUGGAAUGUCACAAAGAUGGCACCGUCACCCAGACUUAUUCCUGAGUGGAAGGACUUGAAACUCUUCAUAAAUAAUAUGCUGAAGGAUCUAAAGUCUGCUGAGAAACCAAAGAAUGAGGUGAUUGUACUGAGUGACUGGCCUGAGACUCUGUACCAGGAGCCUCACCAUCCCCAGAGCAAGCCUUUCAUCUGCUUCUACUCCAUCAACAUCAACUAUUUCAUCUCCUUAAACUGGGUGGAACCAGAUUCAAACCAAAUACAGGCAAUACUUUGGAUACAGAAGAAAGAUACAGAAGCAGAAGGAACAAUGGAGAAGAUGAUGUUUUGUGUGAUGGAUCAAGUACCGCCCAUUGAAGCAAUGGUCCACACAGGUUCCUACCACAUGUUAGUUGCUUACUGUGGUGACAUGCACCUGUGGCUCUUUGGAGAUCACCAUCGAGCAUUCAUAUCCCUGGGCACAGUGCCCUGUCGUUUCUUCAUCAGCUGCCUCUGCUAUGACCCAGAAACGGAGGUGCUGCUGUCUGGUACCUUGGGGGCUGUGGUUACCUGGCUUAUCUUACCAAAUGGCAGGGACCUCCAGAUGGCACAAACAGUGCCCAUGUCUGGUCAUGAGCUUGUACAGGGCUUUUCCCUGAAUGGCCCCAAGGGGUCUCUCCUGGCCCUUUGUGAGAAUAAGGUAAGGGUCUUCACCCACCAGGGUCAGGGCCAGCUGAAAGAGGUAAGAAAGUUCACUCCCAUAGGCAGUGGCUCUUCCAUCACCUGCUCCUUCACUUGUGUCUCUCAGGGAUAUUUCUAUGCUGGAAACAAGGAUGGAGAGAUCCAUGCUUGGGGUCUAGACCAGGGUAACUUCCUCCACAGCUUCCAGGCCCAUUCCUCAUCAGUUGUAUGCAUUCACAGCCGGCCAGAGAUCCACACCUUACUGACAGCAGGCCGAGAAGGCACAGUAAGGGAAUGGAACCUUGCUGUUGGGAACUUGCUGCGGCAGCUGGAUAUUGGUGAGGGUCUGCGGCAACUGCAGUUUAUUGAUAACACCACUUUUUUCUGCCAGACUACCCACGCUUUCUCACUGCACCACCUGCCUUAUUUUUAUAGCCUCUUCAAUGUCUGUGGUUCUGCUCCUGAGCAGGUGCACCGGGUCUGCUGUGGCCGAAAUUGGACUCGGAUCCUGUGUGCCACUAAGGAUGGUUUGUUGCGCUUCCUGUCUCCAGUGACAGGAGAUCUCCUGGUUCUCACCUGGCCUCUGCUUGUCAUGGAUAAGGCUGUGGCUUGGGCCUAUGACCCAGACAAUGAGGAGCUCUUUGUGGCAACAGGCAGCUCAGAGGUGCUGGUGUUUGAUGCAACGCGCUCGCCUUGCACAGCCAAGUAUAUGGUAUGCACUUCAGUAAACUCUAGGGACAGAGUAAGUUGCCUGGCCUAUGCACAGUCCCAUUUGGGUAUGGGCCUAGUAGGACUGAUGUUCUGUGGGCAUGACAGUGGCAUUGUGAGAAUCCUCUCCCACUAUAGCUAUGCCCGAAUAGAAAAGACUGUUCAUUCUGGGGCAGUUUUGGCCCUGUCUACCCUGGAAGGUCCCCAGGAAAACUCCUUGCUCUGUUCCUAUGGCAUGGAUAAUACUGUAUACCUGACAGAAGCUUUGCUGUGGAAGAACAAGGUAAUCCUGCAGUCCAUAAGCAAAAUUCUCUGUAGUUGCCCCCUGCAACACGUGAUACUGCUGCCGGGUUCUGUGGGUGCCAUCACUGACAACCACUGCUGGCGUCUCUGGCACUAUCAAGAUUUUCUGCAAUCUGCAGAAUCAAAACAAAGCUCUAUGUUUGAAGAGACAAAAUGCCUGCACCGGUGUGCCAUCACUUCAUUUGAUGUCUGCUCCUCCCUGAAACUUUUUGUCACAGGGGGCAUUGACGGCUCAGUCCGGAUCUGGGACUUCCAUGGUAGACUCAUAACUGAGUUGGAUUCAGCACUGCAUUUUGGUCCACUCUGCUUUGCCAGUAAUCGGGGUGACCUGCUUUUGACUUUCAACCAGAGUCUUUACCUGGUAUCAUGCUUAAAAUUGCUCCCUCCUGCUCGGCUGAUUCACCUAGCUAUCCUAAAUAAUGCAGAUGAAAUACAAGAAGACCCUAAACUCUUUCUGCCUAGCUUCUUCUUUUCUUUUGAAAUAGUACUUGUACCCAAAUUUGUCUAUCUUGGACAAGGGCUGCAGGAAUUACAGGGGCUAGAGGCCCUUGUUAACAAACGGGUCAUUGCUUUUGACAAUACUGUGCCCCAUGUUGUAGAGGAAGAGAGACGUAUGCCUUCUCUGAUUCAAGUGGAACCCAAAUUACAUUUUUUGGAGGAUAAGGAUAUUGCUUUUUCUAUUCCUGACCCCAAGCAUAAUCAUCCCCCACAUGUGGUUCCUGCUCAACUACGGCUGGCUGGCUGGAAUGGGUUGAACCCCUAUCAUAAACUGCAUGGCUUCUUUGGUAAAGGGCGGCAAUGGCCCUUUGCUCCUGAUGGCUACAUCCCCAACUCAGUUAUCCGUGCCUGCCUUUGGCCUGACGGUACCCCAGUCUUCUUAUGCCAUGACCUGUACCCAUCCUACCGAGAUACAGACUGGGACAUGACUGAACCCAUCAGACGCCAGACACUGUCACCUAUGCCUCUAUCAGAAGAGAACAUCUCAAUGAGGAGAGAGAGGGAUAAAUCCAAGUGGUGGAAACGAACAUUCUAUGAUGUUCUAACAAGCUUGAUAAACCGAAAUUGGGCAGGAAGAAAACUUGAUGAAGGACUUCUAAAUAAUUUAAUUGAGGCAAUCCUCAGCCUCACAGUUUACUGUUCUAUAGACCAGUACACAACAUAUAUUAGUGCCCUGGCACAAAUUUUUGCCACUUACCAAGUAUCUCCAAGGUUGUGCUCUGAGACUGCCUGUCGCCUGCUGGAAGAUACACUCCAUCCCAACCCAUGCAUCCGUGAGCUAGCCUGGGAGGGGCUAGAUAUGCUUGGCAUCAUGAGCCAUCUCUUUGCUGUUCCACUGAGUCUGGGAUUGAUGGACAGUGAUGAAAAUGUGCGGGCUAAGGCUUUGUACCUUAUGAUAAGAGUCACAGGCAUCCAAAGUAAGAGCAUGCUGGUAGGCCUGCUGAAGGAACAAGAAACCCUCCAAAAAAUGCAGCGGGAACUUAUUGGAGAAACCUCUCUGGACCAGCUGCUGGGGAUCCAAGCUAACGACCUCCAGUGCCUGCUUACACGGGUGGAGCAGCAGCUAAAUGAAAACCUGACCUUGUCACACAGAGACCAACAACCUCCUUUUUCUUUAGACAUAUCAAUGGAUGGUGAACCUGAGACCUUUGUCAAACGAACAUUCAUACCUGAAGAGAUCACCAAACGAAAGAAAAGAAUGACAUAUAUUCAAGAAAAGAGAGAAAGUCUUAUUAAAAAGGACCUGAGAGUUUCCAGAAAGAAGAGAGAGACAGAGUUUGUAAAAUUUAGCUCUAUGUUGGUGCCUUCAGAGGAUGAAGGUGAACAGAGAGAGGCCAAGAAAUCAGAGCUAAUUGACACUGAGGAUGUUGCCUUAGAGCCAGAGCUGCCACUAAGUACUUUCAGCCCAGCCAAAUCUGAAGAGGUUGCUGAAUCAAAGGAGGUCAUGACAGAAGCUACAGAAGCUAUGGAAGCCACAGAAGAAGGAAGAGGACACAUGGCAGUCACAGAGGCAGUGGAAGCCACACAGAUUAUGAGGGCCAUAGAUCAACAUGACAUGAAAGAUUAUGGAGAGAUACUCCCUAAGCUGGAAAGACAAGAACUCAUGAAAAGACUCUGGGAAAGGGCAGUGGAAAAAAGCCAUGAAAAAGUAGCUGCGAAGUUGAAACAGAAAGAAAAUUUGAAGGAUAUUUCAAAGACGACUGCAGAAGAGCCCAAAGAAAAAGUCAUGCAGAUUGCUGAACAAGAAAAAGAUGCAAGGAAGAAACUUGGAAAGGGUGACCAAGGUUUGGCUGGUGCCCCUGGACACACGGGUGAAUCAGACACCAGGUCUUGGCGGAAUGAUAUUUGCUAUCUUGCCACCUCAAGGAUAGCAAGUUCCCAUCCAGGAAUGUUAAGGGAUCUGGGUCAAGAAUUGGUGGACUUGGCUUGGGUGAUUCUUGCUCCCCAAGAGCCCAGUUGGGAUCUAUUCCAAAAGAUCUGCCCCCUUUUAAAGGACUCCUCAGAAUUGGAGGGAAGAGUGGUAGAAGAACCAUCCACUAUAACAGAAAAGGUGGAUAAAGAGAUUGUUGAGGAAGAAGUGACAGAGUUGGGAAGACAAAGGGGAAAAGAAGCAUUAGAGAAGGACAAGGCAUUUUCUCAAGUCAAGAAAAAGAAAGUUGCUUUCUUAGAUAAACUAGCCUUACAGAAAAGGAAAUUAAAAAAAGAAGCACGGGGACUGGCCAGGCAAGAUGGGAAAAUAGCUGAGGAAGAAAGGAAACUGAGUAAGCCAGAGAAGAAAUUAAUUCAGGGUAAGGAGAAACUGAUCCAGGAUAUGAAGAAACUGACUCAUCAGAAAGAAAAAAUAGCUUGGGAGGAAAAACUACUGGCUUAUCCACAAAAGACAUUAACCAAGGAAGAGCAGAAGUUAGUUUUAGGAGAAAAGAAAGAUACUGGAAAAGGGAAAAAACGACUAGGGGAAAGAAAGAGAGUGACCCAGAAAGAGGGAAGGGCAGCCCUGAAAAGGAGUAAGUGGGACUGGGAGAAGAUUAUGAUGGCCCAUGAAGAAGACAUGUGGCCCCAGGAAGAGGUGUUGCCUGUCUGGGGAGAGAGGAAAUUGUCCCAGGAAGAGGAAGAGCUGGGUGAGGAAGACGAGGAGCUGAGUGAGGAAGAGGAGGAGCCCUGUGAGGAAGAGAAGGAGUUCAGUGAGGAAGAGCCAAGUGAGGAAGAAGAGGAACUGGCCUGGGAUGAAGAGGAACUAAUUCUGGACUUAAAGAAACAAGUUAAAGGUAGGAAGAAAAAGUCCCACAAAAAGAAGAAACACAUUCAAGGUAUAGAGAAACAUGUUGAAGAAGAGGCCCAGAAAAGGGGGGAAUUAGCCCAGGAAGAGGAACAUUUGUCUAGUGAAGAGGAGGGACUGUCUGGGGAAGAAGAAAAACAGGCAUCAGAAAGGGGCAGCUUGGCAGAGCAAGAAAUUAAAUUGACCACAGAGAAGAAUAAAUUGUUAAAAAAGAAAAAAGAGGCCUAUAAAAAGAAACAAAUCCAAGAAAAUGAAAAACAAGUUGGGAAACAGGAGAAAGAAGACCAGAAAGAGAGGCAGGCUAAGAAAGAGGAGAAAAAAGCCAAGGACAGACAAUUAUCCUGGGAAAGAAAGAAACUGGGCCUAGGGGAAGAGGAAAAGCAGGGGGGAAAGGAGAGAAGGGCCCAGAAAGAGGAGAAAACGACUGAGAAGAAGAGGCAAUGGGCCUGGGAAAAAAAGAAAGCAGACUCAGGAGAGGAGGAAAAAGCUGGGGGGAUGAAGAAAUGGUCACAAGAAGAAAAGAAACAGGCCCGGGAAGAAAAGAGACGGGAUCAGAAAGAGGAAAAAUUGGCUCAAAAAGUGGAGAAGCAGGCUGAGGAUAAAAAACAAUGGGCCAGAGAAAAGAUGAAACUGGUCCCAGGAGAAGAGAAAAAGAUAGAAGAAAUUGAGAAAGUGUUCCCUCAAAAAGAGAAACGGGCCAUGGCGGGGGAAAAACAAGCUAAGAAAGAGGAGAAAUGGGUUGGGAAAGACAGGAAAGCCACUGACAAAAAAGAACAACAGACCCACAAAAAAGAGCAACUAGCCCUACAAGAGCAGAUACAGGCCCAAGAAGAGAGAAUAUGGGGUCAGAAAGAGGAGAACGAGAGCGAUAAAAAAAAACAACGGGCUUGGGUAAAAGAGAAAAUUUUUGUAGAAAGGGAGGAACACGCUGGUGAAGUGGAGAAAAAGUCCCAGAAAAAUGAGGAAAAAGCAUUGAAGAAAAGACUGACCCAGAAAGACAGUGAAUUGGCCAAGGAGAAGAGGCAUAUUGCUAACAGAAAAAAAGCAGUAGCCAGAAAGGGGAUUGGCAUAACUAAAAGAAAGAAAAAAACUGAGGAAGAGAAAGAAGUUGUGGAAGAAGAGGAAUUGUCCCAGGAAGAGAGGGAAUUGGCCUAUGACAUUAGGAUCAAGGAGAUGGGUGUUGCCAAGAAAAAAAGGAAAAGAACCAAAGAGGAGAGAAUACAGGCAGUGAGGAAACUGGAUAUGGAGAAAGGGAUUCGUUCUGAAGACAAAGAGGCUAGUUCCAUGACAGGGAAGAGUGAAAUGGAUGGCCAGAAGUGGGAAUUUUUUAAGGAACAGGGGGAAAUAAUGAAAGAAGAGAAGGAGCUGGGUCAGGAAGAGGGAAAAGUAGAAGAUGAUAGGCUGGCCACCAAAGAGAGAACACUGACUGAUGGAGAGAGCUUGAAGGAGAACCAAAAGUUACUACAGAAGGUCCAGGGAAAGAUAUUAUUAGAUAGAGUCCAGGUAGAGAGUAUAUUAAAGGAAGUCCAGGAACAAAAUAUGUUAGGAAAAAAGCAGCUAAAGAAACUUCUGGGGAGAAUUGAGAAGAAUAAACUAAAAAAGACUCCGCUGAAGUGGUUAUUAGAGAAUAUGAGAGAUACUCUGUUUGAAGGCUUAUCUGAGAGUUUUAUUGGGAAGGAAAUAAAGGAAAGUCCAACUAAGAAGGGGAAAGAGGAGGAGAGCAUUACUGAGGAAGAAAAGGAAGGGAUUCUGCCCAGGAAGGAGAAAGGGAAAUAUGUAAUUAAGAAGAAGAAAAAGAAGGUAAGCCUGAGUGAAGAGAAAUUGAAGGAGAAUUUGGCUAAGAAGUAUAAAAAACAAAGUUCAUCCCAAAGAAGGAGAAAGGGAAAGAGGUUGACUCAAGAGAACGAGAGGCUGAGUAAGAAGAAAAAAGAGAGUCCACAUGAGGAGGAGAGCCUGGAUGAGGAGGAGGAGAGCCUGAGUGAGGAGGAGGAGAAGGAGAGCUUGUGUGAGGAGGAGGAGAGCUUGAAUGAGGAGGAAGAGGAGAGCCUGAGCAAGGAGGAAGAGGAGAGCCUGAGCCAGGAGGAGGAAGAGAGCCUGAGCCAGGAGGAGGAGGAGAGCCUGAGCCAGGAGGAAGAGGAGAGCCUGAGCCAGGAGGAGGAAGAGAGCCUGAGCCAGGAGGAGGAGGAGAGCCUGAGCCAGGAGGAGGAGGAGAGCCUGAGCCAGGAGGAGGAGGAGAGCCUGAGCCAGGAGGAAAUGGAGAAGAUAGAGAAAAGGGAGAAGGAGGAGGAAAGAGAGAAGGAUGGGGAGAGCAGACUUAUGGAGGUGAUACUCCCAGAAGAGGGAGUAUUGAAAACAGAGCUCUCCAAGGAGGAAGUGAGCUUAUCAAAGCUAACAAUAGAAGAUGAGUCUCUUGCUGAGAAAAGAAAAGGUACAACUAUAAGGAAAAUGCCUUUUAAGAAAGAAAGAUUGCUUGAUGGAGAGAGAGAUCCCACACUUAGGGAUAAAGUCAUGUGGCCAACAGUUCUGAAAAGCCCCUUCAAAAUGCCACUCCCAGUAGCUCUGGAAAAACAGAGAAUGCCUAGGAAAGUGUUAGGGGAUCAUUUAGAUUUGAAAGGUCAGGAAAGUCAACUUCUUGGAGCACACCCUGAGACAAGUUCUUGGAGAAGACAAGAGGAUGUGCUCUUGAAGAAAGCUAGGGGUAUGUUUUUACAAGGGAGGGGAACAGGCUUACAGGCCCAGAUCCCAGAAGGGCUCCAUAGGCCAGAGUCCCAUUUAUCUGAUAUGAUCAGGAAACCACAGAAACCUGAACAUAGACCCAAAGGUGACAUGUGGAAGUGGUUCUUGAAGUCCCGGGAUUUGCCAAUGGGGAAAACUAAGGGCCAGGUCGUAGGCCCAGCCCUAGCCUCAGCCCCAUCCCUUACUUCUGCACCAGCUGAAAGGCCAUGCUACUCAGAAGCAAGCUUCUCAGAUGAGGACUGGAUUAACAAUGCCUUAAUAAGGCUGGAAGCGGGAGAGCAGCUUUCCAGGAACAGUUUCCAAAGACUGCACCAGCUCCUCAGAAACUUCACUUCAAAGGGAUACUUGAAAUGGAUGCAUCGAUACAAUCUUAAAGCCAUUGCUAAACACUUCAGGAAGAACCUAGAAGUAAGUCAUGCAGACAUAUCACAACCCUAUAAGGAUGUUUUGAGUCCAGUGCACUUAAAAGGGAUCCCUCCAAUUAGAAGAAAAGAAAAAUGGAGCCGGCUAGAGCCAUUCCCUGUUGUUGAAGCAGUGUUACCAUUGGCUGCCACAAGGCCUCAAACCCCACACCGUCUCAGUUGGCCUCUCUUAGAUGAGUCCUACAGGAAGAAGCAGGCACAACAGUUAUCUUCUGCUGUUAAGCAGAUGUUGAACCUUUAUCCAGUCAGAAAGGAUGUUCCUACAACUGUCUAUCCCUCUGUGGAUAUAAAAUCCCUGGACUUGAUAUUCCAGAAAGACUUCCAGGUCUUGAGGGAGAAAGGAGAGCUCUCCAAAUUUCACAAGGCAGAGAAGGAAGCACUGCCCAUCCCUUCACCAGUAUUCCCAUCAACCAUCAAGAGGAUUCCAGUCCCAAAGGCUAUAAACUGGCAUCUUUUAGGAGAACCUUACAGGAGUGCUCGGGUACAGCAGUUAUCCAAUGCCGUCAAAGAGAUGGAAAUGCAACACUUUUAUCCUACCACGCGUGAGAUUUUCACAGGUGCCCAUGACUCUGUGGACAAACAAACUCUAGCAUUGAUGUUUCAGAAGGAUCUCAGAGCUUUUAAGGGAAAAGACAGGCCCCUCACAUUGCCCAAGUUGAAGAAGGCGCAGCCCGUCUCUAAGAAAAAGGAAAAGCUGCCUCAAUGGGAGACAUUUGUGGCACUCUACUAUGUUUUGCGGACAUUGCAGCAACGAUAUGCAAAAGACCGCACUGCUUGGAUGGAACAGUUUUACCAACUCAUGGAUCUGUACCAAUUUAAGUCCCCCCAAAUCCAGAGGCUCCUACUACAGUUGCUGCAGAGAGAGGCACUCCAACCUCAAGAGACCAUCUAUAAAAAGGCCCUGAAAGCCAAGGAGCUGGUACUUGGUGAACGGUUGUUCUGUGGCCUGUUUUGUGGUCAUUCUUGUGCCCCUGCAGGUCCUCUCAAGUUCCAUGAUGUUGUACCUCUGCCUGGGAAGAGCAAGGUGCAUACUAUCCAACCUGUGGGCAUUGCCCAGUAUGGGUUCCUAGAACUUGCCUGGAAAAGCCUACCACAAGUCAGUCCUUACCUUAUUGAGAGGCUGCCCAACAUCUCUACUCCAACUCUAUGAUUUGGCCUAACAUUAGGACUUUGGGACCUUGCUGGGAAAUAAGCCUGGCCAUAGAUUUUAAGCCUCCUAUACCCACUUCAAGGUGGGCCUAAACAAGUAUUUGUAUUCAUUUGGCUCCAGAAACCUGCUACCUUGUACUGAAUAAAAUGACAUUUCUCAUUUGUAACAAACAUUUUGAUUUCUCUUUCUUCCCCAGCCUAGGAUCCCCAUAGAAAGUAGA